AUGACUCCUGCCACAAGUCCCGACAAAUUACCUCCUGGAAUAGCUGGCGAAUGGGUUGGAUUCACAGAAGGGGGUCAGAAUCCCUGGAGAAUACUAGAUCAAACGCGAUACUACACGAACACCUAUAUAGUUCAAGAUGGUCAGAUUCUUCUGGGAAGGAAGAAACGAGGGAUCGGACUUGAUUAUUACAAUGGGUUCGGUAAAGACGUUGAAUGUCCUCUACUCCUGUGUAGCUCAGAACAUUGCCCUACAGGUGGCAAAGUUGAAGUCGGUGAAAGCUCCAAGCAAGCCGCUCGGCGCGAACUCGAGGAAGAAGCUGGCAUAACCGCUCCGCUCGAUCAAGUUGGUACCCUCCUAUUCACCAAAGAGGGGGUCGAAUGGACAUUCCACAUCGACAUAUACCGCGCAGAGGAAUAUGAAGGGAAAAUAGUAGAAACAGAAGAAAUGUGUCCCGAGUGGUUUCCUGUUAGUCGGAUACCGUACGAUCGGAUGUGGGAGUCCGACGGGUACUGGUUGCCUCUUGUUCUGUCGAAGAAACCUUUCAUCGGCCGCACAGAUUUCGACGCAAACAACCGCCUUCAAAAGUGGUGGUUUGGCCACGAUGGUGGGGUGGUGUCAGCAUAG